AUGUCAAAUAUUAAGUUACAUUUAUGUAUAUUGUACUCAAAUAUCACAAAAAGCAAAAGUUUUUUGAAUUUGAAUGUUUAAGCUGCCCAACAACAUAUUGCUCAAAUUGAUCGAUAUUUCAAAAGUGACAUUACAUCUAUUAAUUCUGGUGAUUUUUUAAUGUCUAAUGACUUAAUGUGCAAAUUGAGCUUAUAUUCUUAAUCUUUGAAUUUUGUAAAAUGGUUUAUUCAUUUUGUAUCGGUUUAGUUGCCUAUUCGAUAGUGCCACAGGUCCGUGUUUGGAAAUGGUUUGGACACUAUAACAAUCUCUCUAUUAACAAUCAUAUACCCAAAGUAAGGUCUCCAGUGACUUAAUCUAAUGGGUGUAUGUUACCUAUGUGACUAUAUUUUUUUCCAAUUUUAUGUUCCCUAUUUUAGAAAUAACAAUUAAUAUUUAUAGAAAGGAGUAAUUUAUGUUGUGUAGUUAUUUGUAUUUGUAUAUAACAAAUUAAGUUCUCAUUUUUAAAUUCAUAUAUAAAAGAAGAAACUGACUGUCUUCAGUACUCUAACUGCUGAAUCUUGAAAAUUGACAUUUUUCAUAGUUUUUUAAUUUCUUAUGGAUAGGUAACCACUAAAAAAUGAUUCUUUUAAUUUUUUAAUUGAUUAAUUCUUCUAAUAUUACCCCUUAUGUUUUGAAAUGGGAUAUUAAAGUUAGUGCGGAAAAUAACUAUUAUGAUUAAUUAAAACAAUUCAUUAGGACAGUUAAAUAAGUAAAUAGCAGAUGAUUUUGGUUUUUGAAAAUGAUUGUAAAACUGAAUGCUAUGUAGAAAAAGUGUAAAUUUGUGCGAAAACAUUUAUAAAUUAGCUAACAAAAAUACUUUAAAAUAUAUAUUUGGUACUUUUUCUGAUAGUUAAGAGUAGUAUAAUAUUCACAUUUUAUCCACAUCAAUAACCUAUUUAUCCUCCACAAAAAAGACAUACAAUUUUAUCUGGAAAAAGUAACUAAUUAAAGUCAAUUAAAUUUUACAAUAGAAACAUUUCAUAUGACAUUACUUACAAUACUAUAAUGUGUACCCUCUAUAGAAUUGGAAUUAACAUUUAAUAAUUAGUCCCUUUAAUGUUAUUGUAAAAUGUCUACAGUAUUUUUAAACUUUGGGAUAUUACUACUAGGUUAUGCACUUAUAUUAGUCAUAGCUUCUAUAGAUCUUUAAAAUUGUUAACAGUUUAUUCUUUUUAACUAAAAAUUAAAUAAUAAUUAUACAACAUUAAUUGCCAGAUCUAAUUGAUAAUUAUUUAUAAUUUAUUUAUUUUUUGUUAAAUAAAUAUUUAUGUAGAUAUGUAAGUGCUACACAUUGUUUUAAUUAUAUUUUCAACUAUUAUCCUAUAGUUAAAAUUUAAAUUUGAUGUUUUUUUUUUUUUUUUUUUUUUAUAGAAGUAGCUCUCAAAACAUUAUUUGGUGACGGUAAAGGAAUUGUUAAAUAUGCAAAAAUUGUUAUUAGCUUAGAUUCAAACACUAGAGUGAUUAUGUCUGACAUCCUAUUUUUUAUUUCUUCAAUUAUUAGAAUUAUUUCCUACAAAAAUUGUUUGUUACAUUAAAUUAAUAAUAGUAAAUACAAAUUUAUAAAUUCACUAAAAGUUUUGUAAUAGUUUCCUGUCACAUGUUUUUUAGCACUAAGCAUUGGUUUAAUAAAACUGCUUUUUAGCUAUAACAAACACAUUAAUAGGAUAUUGUAAUGACCAGUGCUGGCGCUAGGAGAGGACUACUGGGAUAUAAGUCCAAGGCUCUGCACUUGUUUUAGUUUUAAUAUUAUUAUUUAGACAUACAAUUAUUAUUAGUUAUACUUAAACAUUGACCAGGGCUCCACAAAACCUAACGCUGGCACUAGACUCGUAGAUUGUUAUUUUGAAAAAAAAAAUAAUAAUAAUAUCAAAUAUGUUAUAGGAAUUAUGUACUUUAUAUAUCAUAACUACAAAAAAAAGUGCAGACAUAAGUAUUAAAACCUAUCAAAUAUAUGAGAAACUUUUUGAGUUAAAUGAUUUUAGUGACCAAAUUGAAAUUGUUAAAAUUAUAGAACAUUUGAAUAAUGAAGUAUCAUUAGGUGAAAAAAUAACAGCUACAGGUAAUAUGAGAUGAGAUUGUACAAAUAUACAUAUUUUACUAUAUUAACUUUUUUAUUUCUAUUUUAAUCAUUUGUAGUUCGUCAGCAUGUAUAUAAUCUAUUUGGAGUAAUUGCUCAAUAUCAUCCGAUGUAUUUAAGAUAUUAUAAAGAUAAACUCAUGAAUUUAUUUUUAUAUGAACUACAAAACUAAGUUAAUAAUUUUACUUUUAUUUAUUUAUUUUGAAAACAAUUUAUGGUGUGCAAUUUUAUAGAUAGAUAUACGAGAAAAAAAUAUUCGCGAAAUUUUUACUGCCAGUAGCUAUCGGUUAUUUAAAUGGAUUAACAGGAUUCUUAAAUAAUUUUGCGAACCAUAUAGAAAAUUGUGAUUAUUGUGUUCGUUUUUAUGAAAUAUUAAAAAAAUUAAUUGACACAGUUGAAGAUAAUAAAACACACAUUAUUAAUUGAAGUAAAAUACAAUAAAACAUUUUUAAGUAUAUCUUCAAUAUAAAAAAAAAGUUUAAGUUUUAGCUGGCCUAAAUUUAUUUCAAAAACAUGUUCAACUAUUUUUAAAGUUAUUAUUCAAAGAUUCAGCUGAAAUUGUAUGGUUUCCAAAAAAGGUAUAGGAUUGGUGCUCAUUGCCAAAUUUAGAAGAUAAAAAAAAUUGGGUUAUCUUCAUUUGAAACACUCUAUAAAGGGGCUAUAAUCAAAUUUUCAAGAAAUUCAAUCAAUAUUGAACCAAGUAUUGAAAAUGUUCAAUGAGAAUUAAUAAAAGUAUAAAUUUAAAAAAAUAUUUUUUCAAAUGUUAACACAACAUACUCUUUUUAAUUAAAUUAUGUAAUAAUAUUCUACUGUAUUAUAAACAUUAUAUAUUAUAGAAUUAUUAAAUUGCUGGUUUUCUGUGUUGUUUUUAAAUUAUGAUUGUUUCUUAAAUCUAAAAUAUAUGAUCACAAAUUAAAUUUUCAAGAACAAGCUGUAAUAGUAAGAAGUAUUGGGUGGUUAUCAGAACCAUGUUAUAAUUUUUUAGGAGAAGAAAAUUUAAAUGAAAUAUUCAAGAUUCUUUCUCUGCAAGCUGAUGAAAAAUAUUUAAAGUAUAUUUUUUCUCACAAUAAUUUAUAAGCUUCUUAUUAAUCAACAAGGUUUAAUUUAGUUGUGGGUUUGAAAAAAAAAUUGUUUGAUCCAAAUGCAGCUAAUUAUUUAAAUUUAUUAUCACUGAUUAUACGAAAUAUAAAAUCAUUGAACUCUGAUCAAGUUUUAUUUAUUCAAAAAUUAAGCAUUUAUUGUUUUAAUGAUUUUAUAUCUGCUGUGCCAAAUUCUGAAUGGCGAAUCAAUAUAAAUAAUGCUAUAAUUACUUCUAUAUACUGUUUAACAUUGUCUCAUGGACAUAUUUUGAAUGAAUAAUUAAAACAUUUUUCUAAAAUGAGUAACGUUAAUCAUUUUUUUUGUGUAGUUUAUGUGGCAUUAAUAAAAUCUUGUUUACACCGUGCAGCAAUUGAUGCUGAUAUAAUAGAAGAAUAUACAUUAUAUAAUAUAAUAUAUUUAUUAUAAUCAAAAGUACUAACUAUGUUCCGUUAUGGAUAUCUUUGUUAAAAGCUCAUCAAUGUCAUUUAUUUGAUUUAUAUUUAAGUAAGAGUUUUUUAUUUUUAUUUUUUUUACAUACCUACAGAAAUGUAUUUGAAUAUAUUUUUAGAUGUCUAAUCUCUGUUUAAGAGUAAUAUAAUUAUAAUUUAUUAAUAAUUUGAUAAAAUUAGAUUGUGUUAAUUUAUUGUUAAAUCAUGCAACUAAAAAAAUAUGAAUACAAAUAUUUUUAUUUAUUAAUAUUUAAAAAAAUUUUGUUAGUGUAGUCUGUUGACUUUUAAGCUGGUGGUUUUUAUACCACACUUUUGGAAAAUUCACACCCAUUUGUUAAUAUGUUAUUAUGUUCAUGUAAUUUAUUUGUUGUAAUAGGUAUUCUUAAAUUAACUAUUUAGAUGCAAAAUAGCGCAGUUGGUAUAGUUUUAACUUUUAACAUGUUCAGGCCAGCCUAUGUUUAGCUUAAAAGUUGACAAAAUCCAAUAUUUUAGUUAAUGAUUGGGAUAAUCAAAAAAAAAAAUAAUUUAAUGAUAUGAAUAUUAUUAUUAUUAUUAUUAUAUUAUAAAAAUCUAUUGUUGUGAAAUUUAAAAUACAUAAAAAAACUAUUUAAAUAUUGUUUCAGAGUAUUGAUAUUUUUAGCUAAUAGUGAUAUUGGCUCGAAGUUCGGUUGAUAGUGUUGCUUUGUCAACAAUAUAUAAUAUGAUAAAAUAAUAACAUAUGCAUUAUUUAUUUUCUUUUAUAAUAAUUGUUUAAUAUUUUAUCGAUUUUCUCGUUUUUGCAAUUUUUUCCCUGGUUUUUAUCAUUGUAAAUCAGAGCAAAAAGCUGGUAUAAAAAUCAUUCACUGAUAAAAAAAACAAAAACAAUAAUAAACAUUGUAAAACCAAUACAUUUCUUGCUCCACUCAGAAUCUAAAAUUUUAUGUGUUAAGAUCUUAACAUAUAUGGAAUAUAAUGAAGUUCAAGAAAUUUGUGUAGGGGACUAAAAGUAUUAAUGGAAUAUUGUUGAAGGAGCUUAAUAUAUUGUUAAAUACUCAACAUUUAUUAAAAACAAUUUCAUUUCCUUCAGAAGUGUAAUAAAAAAAAAAAAAUACAUUAUUAUAUAAAUUUAAUCAGGAAUCUUACAAGUUAAUGUCUUUAGUAAAAUGUUAAUACAUUUAUUUUGAAAAUUAUUUUCACAGAUAUACCAAUUACAGUUAAGUCAACACUAGAAAAAUCACUAAUGUGUAGUUUUAUGUGUCACAGUGUCUUGAAAAUAAUAACAAAGUUAGAUUUAUUUACUAAUGAAUCUCCUAAUGAAGUAGAUAUUAUUACAAUAUUUUUGUUGCGAUACACUAUUGGUUAUUUUUUGUUAUUUAUUUUUUAGAUUGAAAUUGAGUAUGUUGCUAAAAAACCUUCAGAUUUUACAGCAUUGGUUAAUCUAGUGACUAUAGUGAAAUAUUAG